AUGGAGAAGAUGUUCGGACUGCUCCAGGUGGACCAAUCAACGGUGGCCAUGGUGGAGCAUUUCGGGCGGUUCGUGAAGGCGCUCGACCCAGGCUGUCACUGCGUGCCGUGGUGCUGCUGCUACCGCCCCGCGGGGCUCAUGAGCCAGCGCGUGCGCCAACUCGACGUGCGCUGCGAAACGAAAACCAAGGACAACGUGUUCGUCACUGUAGUCGCGUCGAUACAGUACCAGGCGAUUCGCGAACAGAUCGAGGACGCCUUCUACAAGCUGCAGGACCCACAGGCGCAGAUCCGAUCGUACGUCUUCGACGUGGUGCGCGCGAGUGUGCCCAAGAUGGAUCUGGACCGUGUAUUUGAGGUGAAGAACGAGAUCGCUCAUACAGUGGAGGAGGAGCUCGAGAAGGCAAUGAGGACGUACGGUUACCGCAUCGUGCAGACGCUGAUAGUGGAUGUGGAGCCGGACCAUCGAGUGAAGGCUGCCAUGAACGAGAUCAAUGCAGCCCAGCGUAUCCGCAUGGCCACACAGGAGAGAGCAGAAGCAGAGAAAAUCCUGCAGGUGAAGAAGGCGGAAGGAGAGGCAGAGGCGAAGUACCUUGCGGGGGUGGGCGUGGCGAGACAGAGACAGGCCAUAGUGGAGGGGCUGAGGGACAGCGUGCUGGGCUUCUCAGAGAAAGUGCCAGGCACCACGCCCAAGGACGUGCUUGACAUGGUCAAGUUGACACCCCCACCUCUCCCCACCCCAACCUUUCCCACACAGGUCAUGUUGACGCAGUAUUUCGACACCAUGAGGGACAUCGGAGCCAACAACCGGUCAUCCACCAUCUUCGUGCCUCACGGGCCAGGCGCAGCAGCAGACAUUGCCGCACAGAUCAGAGAUGGGAUGCUGCAGAGCAAUGUGACUGCCAGAAUGGAGGAUUUCAUUAUGGCGGAUGCUCGCAUGCUUCGCAGGGACCUGGAGGGCAUGCCGCAUGGCCAAGCCAAAGAGGACGUUUUGCAGGCUAUAGACAACCUGAAUGACCACAUGGUGCAUGCCAUGUGCAUGCCUGCACAUGCCAGUGGGGACCAGCUCCUGAGGAACCUGCACUGGGAGGGCUUGAGCCAGGAGAACAUUUCUGGGCGGCAGCAGGCACAAGGGCAGGGGAGAUUCGUAGAAGAGGAAGAAGGGGCGAAGUGGCAUCACAGGGGAGAGGCAUUGCAGGAGCAGUGGCAAGAGGGCGAUGGUGGUGGUGGUGGGAGGCAGUGGCGAGCUGCUACGAUCAGCACAGGGUGCUCCAGUCUCGACUCUCUGCUGGGCGGUGGCCUGCCCCUGGCUGCAGUGACUGAGAUCACUGGCGCUGCUGGUGCAGGCAAGACGCAGUUCUGUCUGCAAGCCGCGGCAGUAGCUGCAAUUGCCCCACUGCUCGCCCAUCCCAGUCCUUUCAAAUCCUCUCAAACAGAACACAGCUCUCUAACUCAACACAGCUCAGCCACUCAAGGCAGCGCGCCGCCCGGCACAGGGUCGGCAGUGCCGCCCGGUGUACAGUCAACACCAGUGCCGGCCAGUACAGGGUCUGCAGUGCCGCCCAGCACAGGGUCGACGGUGGCGUUUGUGGAUACGGCUGGGAGCUUCUCUGCUGCUCGCAUCGCCACCGUGAUUGGGCGAAUGAUGGGGUCGAGAGAGAGGUGCCAGGAAUCGAGGGCCAUUGUGACUCGAGCACUGAAGGCAGUGGUGCGGAUGAAGGCAUAUGACAUCCACUCACUACUUUCCCUCCUGGCAACCAUUGCCCAGCACAAGAGAAAAGCCACGCAGUCGUCAGAUUUCUUUUCCGUGCUUCGCCUGCUCAUCAUCGAUUCUGCCUCCGCUGUUGUCUCCCCUGUGCUCGGGGGCCACGGUCCACAAGGCCAUGCUCUGAUGAUGAGUCUCAGUCGCAUGAUUCGUCUGCUGGCCAAUGAGUUCGGACUUGCUGUACUGAUUACCAACCAUUCGGUGUCAAGUGAAGAUGGCACGUUCAAACCAGCUUUGGGGGAGAGCUGGAAGGUGACACCUCAUCCAGCUACCGCCGGCCAAUGGGCGUCAACGCCGUUCUAUUCGUGGUCGACCUCGUUACACUCAGCUCCGAGAAGAGAAUCUGGCGACGCAUCGUCGAAUCGUAGACGCCAGAGACGAUUCUCGCGGCUGUCAGCUGCAGCGGCUUCGAGCGACGACGCCUCCUCACCCGGUACCGGCAGUGAAGCCGGCAGUGAAGCCGGCAACGAAGCCGACGCGCUAACGGCGGAGUUCCUGCGCUUCGUGUCGGAGACGCAGCAGCAGUGGCCGCUGGCGGACCGCCACCCGACCGCGCUGCUUGCGCCGACCGCGGUGGUGCGCGCGCAGAUGGACGCGCUGAUGCGCAACGACUGGCCGGAGGCGGACAGCGGGAUCCAGACGGCGUUCAACUUCGCCAUGCCUCAUAGAGUGGACGAGAUUCUGCCUGGAUCGUCCCUCCAGGCCCGGCCGCCAGUGAAGGAAGCACGCGCGUGGGACGCCAGUGAGCGGUACCUGUCAGUGGAGGGCUUUAAGAAGCUGCUGCGGGAGCCCACGUACGCUGCCCUGCUGCACUGCGAGUCGUGGGAGUUUGCGUCCCCCAUGGCGUUCCACGGCAAGGCGGACAGCAAGGCACUGCAGGCAGUGAAGGUUCGCGCUGCUCCCACUGCUGCUGUCACUCCUUCGUCGUCUUCCGCUGCUACUGCUGUUGAAGCUGCAAUGGAUGGUGGUGCUGCUGAUGGGGGUGCUGAUGGGGGUGCGGAGCUGCUUGGGCGGACACGCGAGUAUACCUACACGUUCUGCUUGCAAAAGGUACUAGAGGGAGCCUUCAAGGGGUGCUGGAUGGUGGUGGGGCUUCGUGUUGGUGACUACGCCAACGUGUGA